UUAUGAAUUGCAUCAAAAUAAACGACAAAGGGGUGGCCAGGGAUUCGUAGAGAGAGAGUGGAGGAGAGAGAAAGAGGAGAGCGAGAGUGGAGGAGAGAGAAAGAGGAGAGAGAGAGAGGGGAUCGAGGGGUUUAACCCCUCUCUUUGACUCCUUCCCCGUCUCAAUUUCCCCUAAACCCGCAUCUCCUCCCGCUUUCUUCUCACUUCUGCAACUCUCCACCCUCUCUCAUCUCUCGCUUCGUUUCUUUCUUUCUCUCUGUAAAGCCCAACCAAACCCUAAAACUUUGAAAUUCUUUUUCCUUUCCUUUUCCUCUGCGCUUUGGAAAGUUAGCUCCGAAGCUGAUUCAUAUAGCCUCAUAUCUACAAUUUUCUCACUCCUCUCCCCUCUCUCUCGAGAACACUUUUCCCACUCUAGAGUUCUAAAAAAGAAAGAAAGAAAGAAAGAAACCCUAAUGCGCUUCAAUCCGUAAUUGAAACUUCCUUAUUGAUGGGGGGAGAAGCUCCCAAUUCUGAUGUGUCGAUAAAGAUAUCAGGUAGAGGAGGCGACAAUGGAGUGCACCCUCUAAGGUUUUCGGAUGAGAAGUCGGCCAUGGCUUAUUCCAGAGAUGCAGAAGAGAGGAGGCGAUGGGUUUCGUGGCUUGUGCCUCUAUUUGUGGCUGUGAAUGUUGCUGUGUUCGUUGUGGUGAUGUUUGUGAAUGAUUGCCCCAAACACUCCGAUCGAUGCAUUGCUACCUUUUUGGGGAGGUUCUCGUUUCAGCCAUUUAAGGAGAACCCUCUUCUCGGGCCUUCCUCUUCUACGCUGGAAAAUAUGGGUGCACUUGAGGUGAGAAACAUUGUAUACAAACACCAGGGUUGGCGCCUUUUCACUUGUAUAUGGCUGCAUGCUGGAGUUUUCCAUUUGCUCGCCAACAUGUUAAGUCUUCUAUUCAUAGGGAUCCGUCUUGAACAGGAGUUCGGAUUUUUGAAAAUUGGGCUGUUAUAUGUGCUUGCUGGGCUUGGUGGAAGCAUGCUAUCUGCACUUUUUAUCCAGUCAAAUAUAUCUGUGGGUGCAUCUGGUGCGCUUUUUGGGUUGUUGGGGGCUAUGCUUUCUGAGCUGAUCACAAACUGGACAAUUUACGCAAAUAAGGUUGCAGCACUGUUGUCUCUUGUGCUGAUUGUUGCGAUCAAUCUUGGUGUAGGAAUUCUGCCACAUAUGGACAAUUUUGCACACAUUGGAGGAUUUAUUUCAGGAUUUCUUCUUGGAUUUGUUUUUCUUAUUCGCCCUCAAUUUGGAUGGGUUAACCGCAAGAAUGUCCCUCCUGGAUCUGACAUGACCUCAGCAAAGCCAAAACACAAGAUAUAUCAAUAUGUAUUAUGGCUUGUUUCUCUCGUUCUUCUAAUCGUAGGGUUCACUGUUGGCUUGAUUAUGCUCUUCCGAGGUGUCAAUGCAAAUGAUCAUUGUAGUUGGUGCCAUUAUUUGAGCUGUGUGCCAACUUCCAGAUGGAGCUGUAAUGAGCGUGGAGUUUAUUGCCUGUCGACCCAGACAGAAAAUCAGCUGAACUUGACUUGCCAAAGCAAUGGGAGGAGUGGUGUGUACUUCAUACCAAAUGCAUCUGAUUCUCGUAUUAAACAACUGUGUUCCGAACUUUGCAGCUGAUCGUUCUCUGUUCGACCUUCAUGAAGGGUCAAGCAUCGUAGUAGAAAAUCUCUCUCUCUCUCUCUCUCUCUCUCUCUCUCGCUGUGCUACCUUAGGUAAAGAGCUUGAGUCUGAAUCUAAAGUAGUUUCUAUGUACCCGUGCCCCAUAUGCUUGACCAUUGUACAUUUCCAGAAUAUUGUCUUCUCAUCUGUCUCAAUAAUAUUUAUUUAUUUUUCCUUUGGUAUUAAAGGACAUCCUUUCUCAUGUUUUAA